CUUUCUUCAGCAUACAUUUACAUGUACGUAAUCUUUACGCAAAAUCUAGCAGGCAUUGGAUAAUGUGGAAAAAUACAAAACCAAGCAACUAGAACCACUUUAACAAAAGUUGGCCACUGUGGGUGUUUCAUUAAAUCUUUUUCUAAUCUUUUUGGUACUGUCUAGGAGGUAGUUUCAUAUUUCAUAUUCUACUUUUUAAUAUCAAAUUUAACUUCUAAGGAUAAGCACUUUCAAGUUACUAUGGCAUAUUCUUACACAUUUCUGGACAGCUGCAUUUUACUUCAUUGUGUAGAAAAAUGUGUAUUUUUCUCGAGCAUUUCCCAGGCUAGUUUGUUCCAGGUCUGUGUUUUCCCAAAUUGUCUGAGCACUGUUUGGAGUCUAGGAAAAGCCCUGGAUGAGAUUGCUGGAAGCAGGUGAUGGGCCGGGGCUGCCUGAGGAGUCUGCACAGUGCUCUAUUUUCACAGAGGUGGCAGGGUUUGCUCCCUGGUCCUAGCACCUGUUGUGUCACAUUCUCUGUGGCACUGUGUAUCCAUUUAAGAGAUAGGAGUGGACCUUGUUAAUGUGGUAGGCUGAAGUUACUUAGCAUUUUGGUCCACCAGGAUCUCAUAACAAAGGAUGUAUCAAUUAUCUGUGCAUGUGAAACCAAUUACCACAAACUUAGCAUCUUUUCUUUUUCUUUCUUUUUUUUUUUUUUUGAGAUAGAGUGUCACUUUUUUGCCCCUGGUACAGUGCCGUGGCAUCAUAGCUCACAGCAACCUCAAACUGGGAUGAAGGGGUUCUCUUGCCUCAGCCUCCUGAGUAGCUAGGACUACAGCUACCCACCACAAUGCCUGGCUGUUUUUACAGACAAGGUCUCACUCUGGCUCAGUCUGACCUCGAACUUGUGAGCUUAAGCAAUCCACCCACUUUGGCCUCCCAGAGUGCUAGGAUUACAUGUGUGAGCCGCCAUGCCCAGCCCCAAACUUAGCAUCUUAAAACAGGCAUUUGUAGCCUCUCUGUGUCUGUGGGACAGAAUCCAGGCAUAGCUGCACUCAGGGUGUUGCUGGGCUGGGGUCUUCUGUGGAGGCCAGACCGGGGGAGGAGCUUCCUUAGCCCCACCUGGGUAUUGGCACAAUUCUGUUUCUCAUCCACGGAGGGCCUCAGCUCCUUGCUGCAUGACAGCUCGCUUUCUUCAAGUCAGCAAGGAGAGUCAGCUAGUGCCCUAGAGGCCAGUGUUGUCUGUUGUCCGUUCAAGGCAGUGGGAUCUACGUAACAUGGAAGUGGUGUGUCUGUUGGACACAAGUCACUCAAGGGGAGGGGACCACAGGAGGACUGGAACCCCAGGAGCCCAGAAGAUAGGUCUUAGAGGCCUGGGGGUGUUGGGCACCUAGGGAGUGCCCUAGGGCACUAAGGGGUCAGUCAGGGCUCUUCAGGAGGAACAUGGGUGGGUACAGACAUGUGUAUGUGCAUGUGUGUUUUUCUGGAGGAGGCUCACAUUUUUAUUUAAUUAUUUUUAUUUUUAUUUAUUUAUUUGAGACAAGACUCAUUAUGUCACCCUCAGUAGAGUGCUCUGGCAUCACAGCUCACAGCAACCUCAAACUCUUGGGCAUAAACGAUUCUCUUGCCUCGUUCUCCCAAGUAGCUGGGACUACAGAUGCCCGCCACUGUGCUUGGCUAUUUUUUUUGUUGUGGUUGUCAUUGUUGUUUAGCAGGCUGGGGCUGGACUCAAACCCACCAGCCCUGGUGUAUAUGGCCGGCAUGCUAACCACUGAGCUAUGGGCACUGAGCCAAGAGGCUCACGUUUUUAGAUUUUUUAGUUGUUCCAAUAACUGGAUUGAGGCAGAGCUCAGCCAUGGCCUUGACUGUGGCCUGCAGCAUCAUUCUCCGUGGCUGGCACACCCAGUUAGCACUCAGGAGCAUGCAAGGGGUCUCUUCUGACAGUCUGCUGUACUCCCUUGGGGAAAGUUUCUAUGAGCAGGAUUCUAGGGCUCGCGGAGCUGGUCAGGUGGACAGCUGUCAUUGCUUUCCUGUUCAUUUCUUUGCUGGUAAAGUUGAAUUUUUUCCAAAUGUUUACUGGCAUUUUUUCCUUUUGUCAAUUUCCUGUUCUUUUACCUGAUUUCUUGAAGGAGUAUAUGAAUGAUUUUACUAUUGACUUAUAGAAGCAUUUUCUAUUUUAGGGUCUGAGCCCUUUAGCUCCUGUGUAUUUAAAAAUUGUCCUAGUGUGUUUACUUUUAGUUUUUUUAAAUAAUCUUUGGUGUGUAGAAGUGUUUUAUUGACUACAGGACAGUUUGGGCUAGCACCCUGGCUAGACACUGCCGUGGCCUUCACCCAUGUCCAUGGGUCCCUCCCUUGGCCCUGUGAGUGGAGCCGGCCUCCGCAGCUCCAUGUCUGUAUCAACUUCAGCUUCACUGCACUCUGGUUAGUGGGGCCGGCCAAGCACUUUCUGAUGUGGGCAGGUUUGGCUGCCUUGUAGCUCACGCACAGUCAGCACUUCACUGCCCCAGGGCCAGGAAGAGCAGGUGUGUUCUCUGCUUGCUAGAGGGAUGCCUCCCACAUGCAGCCAGGCAGAGCCCCAGAACUCUGAGAACCUCAGAGCUUCCCUGACACUCUGGGGACCACUGACACUUUCCACUUGGAUUCCUACAUCUGGAAUUCCCAGUGAGAUAAAAAUCAUUCUGUUAACUUAAAAACAAAAAGAUCUGAGAACCGGUGACCUGUUCUUUUACAGAUUCUCUGUUCUAGGCCUGCCUAGCAGGCCCCUGCAGGAGAGCUUGGGGCAUAGGAGCCAGAGGUUGGAGGCCAGGGCCUAUGGAGGCUGGGCAGGGGAGGAGGGAACAGAAGGACCUGCCCCUGCCCAGAGCAUCCAGGCUGGAGCAGAGAGAGAGCACCGCAUGGGUCGUUAUCAGGGGCCAGGCAGAUGCAUGCCCAACCCUAGGGGCCAUUUGGCUAUGUCUGGAGACACUUUUGGUGGUCACAUUGAAGACACCACCAGCAUGUGGUAGAAGAGGCUAGGGAUGCUGCUCAGACCCUGCGUGGCUCUGGAGUUCCCACCUAAUAGCCCAACAAUCUGCUUAGAAGGAGGCAGCAUAGCCCACCAGUCUUGGUCCUUCUCAAAGGCUGUUGUUGGUCCUUUGUGCUUUGGAAGGUUUAGCAUCAGCCUGUUGGUUUCUGCAGACCCUGACUGGUGACGGCGAGCGCGACUGCCUGUCUGUGACAUUUCUUGAAGUGUCUAGUACUGGGUCUUUUUUUUUUUAGAGUCACUUUGUCACCCUUGGUAGAGUGCCAUGGUGUCACAGCUCACAGCAACCUACAGCUCUUGGGCUUAGGCGAUUCUCUUGCCUCAGCCUCCCAAGUGGUUGGGACUAUAGGCAUCCGCCACAAUGCCCAGCUAUAUUUUCAUUGCAGUUUGGCCAAGCGCGGGUUCGAACCCACCACCAUUGGUAUAUGGGGCCGGCGCCUUACUCACUGAGCCACAGACGCCCCCCAGGGUCUUUCUUUUAUUAAUUUUUUUUUAACUCAAAUACAGAAGGUUAAAGAAUAAACAGACCAAUGAAAUGGGGGGAGGCCCAAUACGAGGGCCUAGUGAAUCACCCCUCUGAACAGGGCACGGAGUUCAUCAGGCUCCUUCCUAUUGGGCAUUCAGAAUCUCAUAAAAUUUAUUUUGCAUUAAAAGUUCACUAAUUUAAAAUUAUGAAUGGUUCUUAAUUUUGAAACCUUGAUGCAUUUUUGAAGACUAGCCCCUGUACCAUCUGAUUUCAAAGUUGCCCAAGUGAGUGGUAGAACCAGUUAACCUCAGUAGACAGAGAGCCCCCAACUUAGACUCGGCCUCCCCAUACAUGGUAGCCUGCAUCGAGAUGGCAGUCAGAAGCAGAGGUCUCCUGUUGUCCUAAAGGUGCGUGACCACUAGUGACUGCGCCCACAGACAGGGCAGCUGGCGUUUUUGUCCGUGUCCAGGAGGUCUGCAUUCCUUGAACCAGAGUGGGUUUAGGGACGUGGCCUCUGGGUGGUGGCCUGCGUGUUGCUCUUCUGGCUUUUAUCUGAGUCUUUCCAUAAGACUCUUGUGCUCAGAGAGAGAGAGAUGUGGAGUGGACGUCUUCCCUGCCAGCACAAGUCAUUCAGAUUGCCCAACUGUGACGCAGACUCAGGCCCCUGAGCAUCCUUGCUGAGGCUUGGUUACUAUACCCUGAGUCCUAGACACUGGGGGCUGGAACAGGACACCUGAAGGGGUAAACUUGGGACCCUACCCCUUGGUGGCUGUGAUGUGGCGGGCAGGUAGGGGGCCCAGGAACAUUUCCUUCUCUGGCCACAGGCCCCCACCUCAAGACAGAUGCCCAAGCUUCUGCCUCCUGGGCCUAAAGCAGGGUUUUUUGUCUUGACCCCAGGCAGGCUUAAAGGAGAGAAAGUAUGUUUGCUAAAUUUUGUAAAAGGAAGUUUAUUUGAAGUUGGUUUAAUUAUCUAAAACUUCAGUGUCUGUUGAAACCAGUGCGCUCCGCCAACGCUGUCACUUACCUCUGUGUCUCGUGUGCCUCUGUAUUACCUUCUGGUUUGUUUUUGCUGAAUUUCUCCUUCAAAAGGUUUCAGAGCAUUCUCUGAUGUCAACAUACACGAUUGCCUUCCUUAAGCAACUCCAUGCAUGCAGAACUGUUUGUAUCUACAGGAUCCUGGGAAGCUGAUUGAAAUUGAAUGUCUGGAGUAUGAAUUAGAAGCUUUCAAAAUUGAAAGUAGAGUUAAACUCUACAUUCGAUCAGCUGUUGAGACCCAGCUGAGCAUCAUACAGAGGCUGGAUGCUGCGCUGCAGCGGGCUGCCCGCCUGGGUGCCCCGCAUGUCAUCCAGGUGGUGUGUGCCACCCAGUGGAACGUCUGCCUGCCCCUGCUGCAGCACAACCUGCGGCACCACCUGCUCAAGCCCCUGACCAGCAUUGCGGAGAUCCUGGAGAAGGUGGACAGCCUCAUGACACUACUGCGAUGCCAAGUGCACAUGGAGGUGGCACACAUUGAGGAGGACCAGGACCGGCCAGAGCCUGCGAUGGAGCACCUGCUGAAGGCUAUGCGCCUGGACAGCAUGGGCCUCUACCAGGACAAGCUGCAGAUGGCCUUCGGCCGGCUACACCUGUGCACCAUGCUGUACCAGGUCCCCGAGCGUGAUGAGGACAGGGCCACCAUGGCCAUCGAGCAGGCAAAAAAAGCCAUCCUGAAAGAUAGUGUCAGGAAGAAGCGGGCCCUCCUGGUGAACGCGGGCUUGGCCUUAGCCCCGGACACGUUUCAGAUUGUGCUAGACAGUGAGAAUGAGGCCAAAGUUUCUGCCGGGAAGAAUAAGGGCCGGUUCGGCUUCCUUGCUGCAAAGGCACGUCACUACAUUGUCAGUGUGGACAAAGCUGCUGGGCACUUACGGCGCUUGGGGAAUGAGAAUGAGGGUGAGAGAAUACAGAUUUGGGCAGAACUGGCCAAAGUUGCGCGGAAGCAAGGUGUGUGGGACGUCUGCAGGACGGCGAGCCGCUUCUGCCUCCUGUACGACAACACCAAGACGAAGAAGCCGCAGACGAGGCCAAGGAAGGGAAAGAAGAAGAGAGGUGGUGAUGUCUCUGUGCAAGACUUCUGGGCCCAGCUGGAGAGCCCCCCGCAGAAGCAGAUGCACCCUGACCUGCUGCGCAGCUUUGCGGAGGUGGGGUUCAUCAGCGCCGAGGCCACUGUCCAUUUUCUGCGGUCAGAAGGUGUGGAGCUGAAUGACCAGCCUGUCCCCCCUGAGGACUUGAGCCAGCACGCGGCCGGCUAUGUGCCUGAGCCCCCUGAGGAGAGUGCGGACUGGAUCGCGUACAGAAGCUGGAUUGAGAGCCUGUCCCAGUACGCCAUGAAUAACUGGCUGCGCUCUGCAGAGAUUGGGCAGGAGAUACAGGAGCCCUGGAUUGUGCAGAACUCGAUCGUUUACAUCUUGAACCACAACUACCACCUCAUCCUGGCCGGGCGGCAGAGGGAGCUCAUAGACAGCUUGUACCACCUCUUGAGCAUCGUCAAGGACAUGGGUUACAGUGGGGACCCUGCAAUGCUGGCCAUGCUCUGUGACACCCUGGCCCGCGGCCUGAUUAUCAACUGGAUCCCAACCCAGAUGGUGGAGAAGGGAAGAAGAUUUGCACGACCGAAUAUCUUCCAUACCCCCGUGGAUGCGGGAGGCAGCGCUGAGAUCAAAGCAGCUGUGGAGAUCUGUGAGUUUGCCCUGAGCCUGACCGGCGGGAGCGUGCCUGAGGAGGUGGUCCCCACCAGCGCCCGGCAGCAGCUAAUCGCCACCUGGGUAAAGGCCAAGCAGCUAUUACAGCAGCAGAUCGGGCCACGACUGGGCACAGAGGAGCAGGGAUCCAGCGAGGACACCAGCUGCAUGACCAGGGUUCUUGUGGCGCUGGAGAUGUACUCCUGCAACGGGCUGGGCCUCAUGGAUUUCAACGUGCCACCCCUGGCCCAACUGGUGAAAAUGGCCUCCGAGUGCAGUUGGCCGGAACCCCUGGUGGAGGUGCAGACCCUGACGCGACUGGCCCACUUUGCCCAUGCAGCACGUGACCAUGAGAUCACCAUGGCCUGCACCCACAAGGCCGUUCAGCUGGGCAUAAACUACAUGAGGACAAUAGGCCCGGCUGAGGCCCGGCUGGUGGCAGAGAUGCUGUGCAUGGCCUCAUGUGUCAAGGGCAGGAGCAUCCUCGAGAGCCUGAAGGGCCGGAAGCAGCUGCGGCUGUCGGCGGCCAGGGCCUUCCUGGAGAGUGCCAGGUUUGGGGGUAACGCAGGCAGCAGUGCUCUGGUGAUGCUGGCUGCGCGGCACUACUGGAAUGCCUGGUUGCCUCUCCUGUCCUCCGUGGCCAACAGGAAGAAGGCCAGGGCCACCGUCCAGAGGCUCAUUGGCAUCAUCAACAAGACGGAUGCCCGGAAGCAGGAAAGAGGGAAAACCCUCCUUCUGCACCAGUGGCCCACUGCAGACCUACAGAGCGGCGGGACCAACGAAGGCUGCUUCCUUCCAGAGGCUGAGGAUGACCUUACACUCCGCACAGCUCUCUAUGGGCUGCUCUUCCACAGCCAUGCCGACCAGGAGGACUGGGAGGGCGGCCUCAAGGUGCUGGACGAGGCUGUGCAGGUGCUGCCGCGUACGGCCCACCGCCUCUUGAUCUUCAAACACAUGGUCAUCGUGAAGGCCAAACUUGGCCAGAAUUUCAUGAUGGACAUUCAGAAGUUCAAGGACGAGAGUGAGGAGUAUGUGGCACACAUGUGGCAUCGCCUGGCCGUGAACUCGAAGAGUGUCCAUGGGGAGCUGACCUGCUACCACAAUGCCAUCCAGGUUCUGCAGAAGCCAGGGACUGAGUGGCAGAAAACGGACUACAUCCUGGAGUUCAGCGAGUGGCUGUACCACAAGCAGUUCCCUCUGAAGGACGUGGUCUACCACCUGCAGUGGGCCAUCGAGAUCCUGCUGGCAAUGAAGCCCCCCAGAGGUGCCCCCGAGCCAGAGCCCCAGCCAGAUGAGGAGGACCUGCAUGCUCAGGGGCUGCCAGAAGGUCCAGCUCCCCGGGCUGCAGCACUAUUGUCUCUGGAGAAUCUGCGCAGUGUGCGGCAGCUGGAGACGCUGUCCCGCGCCUGCACCCUGCUGGCCCUGAUGGUGUCGCCCGCCUCCACCGACUAUGAGGACUACGGGCUGCUGGCCUACGUAUUCCUCAGGCGCAUCUGGCAGGUUUCUUUGACGACAGCAGGAAAAUCAAUUUCAGAGAACAAACUUGAUACAGCAGUCAGCUCACAUUUGUCGCUACCAAAAAAAGAGAAGGAGAAAAGUAAAGAAAAAGAGAAACUGACAGAGAAGGAGAAGCUGACAGAGAAGGAGAAGCUUCGAGACAAGGAGAAGCUGCCAGAGAAGGAGAAGCUGCCAGAGAAGGAGAAACUGCGAGAGAAGGAGAAACUGACAGAGAAGGAGAAGCUGCCAGAGAAGGAGAAGCUGCCAGAGAAGGAGAAACUGCGAGAGAAGGAGAAACUGACAGAGAAGGAGAAACUGGCAGAGAAGGAGAAGCUGCGGGAAAAGGAGAAGCUGCGGGAGAAGGACGAGAAGGAGCGGGGCAAGGAGGCCAAACAGUUCACUCCUGGCAAACAGCUUGAGGACCUACCCGCAAGCACAGAGGAGUGGGCUUCCUACACCUGCCCCCAGGAGGUGCUGUCUGUGUUUAAACAAGAUGAAAGUGACUUCACUAUCAACACAGCAAGUAUCCAGAAACCGACAUACACUUUAUAUUACCUGGACCACCUGGUCACCAUCCUGCAGAAGAUGUCCCUCCAUGAGCUCACCGUCCCCGUCCUGCAGCUGGGUGUCCUGAUCGCACACUCCGUGGUGGAAAGCGAGAGCCUCGCAGGCCUCUAUCACCUUCGACUCGCCCUCGUGUGCUCCCAGUUGAAGCUGAGAGAAGCUGCCGCUUACCAUGAAGAAGCCGCUGGGCAGGUGCACCUCGGGGAACUGGAGCAGGCGAGCUGCAGAAGAGAGAUCACUUUGAAGAGUGAGAGAAAAAAGGAACCUGUGUUGGAAGAAAGCCUGCCGGCACUAGGUCAGCAGGUGACGCCCACCCCGCCGGCCGAGAUGAGGCCGCUGGUAGCAAAGGACAAGAUCUUGAAGAUAAAUGCAGAGAUGGGGAGGGGCCUUGAUGGAGAGGCCUUUCCCCAGCUGUGGAUGAUGAAGGCGGAGGUGCUGCUGGAGAUGCACCUGUACCAGCCCACCCGGCUGCUCCUGUCAGAGGCUUACCUGGCUUUCCAGGAGCUUGGAGACCCUUGCGCACAGGCAAGAUGUCUGCUCCUUCUGGCACAGUUGGCCAACAAGGAAAAGAACUACGGCCAAGCGAAGAAGAUGGUUGAGGAGGCCCAGCACCUAGGGGGGAGUGAGGACUUUUGGUACAGCUCCACCCUGACUCUGGCAGAGACACUCCUGUCCACAGAGGAUGAAGGACAAGAGGCCGAGGCUCGCCACCUGUUUCAGAAGCUCAUAGAGACCUUCAAUGUCCUCAAGAGAGAGAGGCCUAACCGGGCAGCCAGGCUGGACUUCUUCACCACAGACCUAGAGGCCAGGUGCCUGAGCCUCGAGGUCAGGGCUACGGAGGAGCUGAUGGACAGUGCCCCUCGGGAGUGCUUGGCGCUGCUGAAGGAGUUGGACAGCUGCCUGAUGGAAAUAGAGGAACAAUUUAUCAGCUGUGGCUACAGAGAGAAUUGCGUUGACAUAAAAGUAGAGAGAGCCCGGAUAAAGAGGGUGUGUGCCCAGAACGAGGGUGACGAGGAGCAGAAGACUGCCUGCUACCUGGAAGCACAUGGCUUGUCUCAGAGGGCAGUGGCUGAAGAGGAGGAACGAUUCCACAGCACCCAGGCCUUGCUGGGCCUUCACGGGUUGCAGGACGUCAACAGCCCCCUGAUGCGGAAGCUUGCCCGCCUCAAGCUGGGCCUGGUGGAGGCCUCGCUGGACAUGCUGCAGGUCAUCUGGGAGCAGGUGCAGGCACAGCAGCUGGAGCAGGGCUCCCUGGAGAAGCUGCUGGCUGACUACCUGCGGAGCACCUGUGAAUACUCGGCUGUGGGCCUGCAGUGGCUGGCGCUGAAGCGCACCCUGGCGCACACAGUGCUGGCACAGCUGGGGAGCCUGCAGCCAUUGUGCAUGGGCUGUGCGGAGAUCUGCGCCCAGCUCUUGGUCCUGGCCGGGAAGGCCCUGCACCUGCUGGCAGUGCAGGCAGACCCUGUGCGCCCCACCUGCUACUGGGAGGAGUGCCUCUUGGUGGGCACUAAGCUGAGCAGCCUCAAAUCUCUGCAGCUGGAAGGUGAGGAAGAGGGCGUUGAAAAGUCGGAAGGGGACCUGCCGGCUGUCACAGCAGCCUCCGGGGAGCAGAGCAAGAAAAGCGAGGGCCUGAAGAGGAAGAUGGUGUUGGCCCGGCGGCUCCUGGCCCAGGCGUCUGAGGUGUUAUUGCAGUGCCUGCACGUGGCCCUUGGCAAUGGCCUUCUGGAUGUCGCCGCGGCUGCCAGCCUGGAGCUGGUAGAGUGCACCGGCACCCUGGACCCUGUGGCCACCUGCCAAUUCCUGGCACUGUCUCAGAGCUGCUCGGCCUCAGAGGCAAUGCGGGAUGUCCUGCUCACGGCCACAGCCAACACCAGCAGCUCACAGCUUGCAGCCCUGCUGCAGCUGCAGGACCGGCUCAGGCGCCAUGAUGGGGCUCCUACCAGCCUGCGUGCCAGCGUGGAGCAGAGGCUGGCCGCCACUUCCAAGGCUUGGCAGAAUCUCUGUGUCACAGAGCAACACUUCAACCUGCUGAAUGAGAUCCCGCCUAUGUUUCGGAUCCUCUUCCUGCACCACUCACGAGACAGGUCCCGGCUGUAUUGUGCUGCCUAUGAGAAAUCCAAGUCCCUUUCCGCCAGCAAAGGAAAGGUGCUAUCAGUGGGCGGUCUCUGCAAGGUGAUGCGGCUGGCUGUGAGCCCUGCUGACUUCUCACACCUGUUGGCCUGUGCCCAGCAGUUCCAAGAGCAGCCCCCGGCUGAGGUACACACAGAGGACACGGCCGUGAACCCAGGCGUGGAGCCAGAGGAUGUACAGGUGAGGGACAAAGCACCUGGUCUGCAGGGGCUGGGCCGCAUCCUGCAGCUCAUGGAGGCCUACCUGAAGCCGCUCUUCCCGCUGUUCAGCUGUGCUGAAGACAGAGCACAGAUACCCACUGUUGUUGCAGAUUCUGGGAAAGCAAAAGCCAAAGACAAGGACAGGAAAAUAUCUGUAGGACAAACACACGCUGAGGCUGCAGAUAAGAUGAUCCUGAUUGCAGAUAGGCACCUUCUGCAGUUGCCGCUAGAAGGUCUGUCCGUGCUGGAUGAAGGGAUAAUUUCCUCUGUGUCACGAGAAUUUUCUCUCCAAAUGUUGUACAAUCGCCUCCAUAAAGAAGAGUCAGAUGGCGGCGCAGGGAAGAAGGAGACCAAGGGCCGGGACUUCAAGCAGAGGAACCUGACCAGGAGGGGCCGGAAGGGCAGCAUCCCCCGGACCAUCCCUCCGGACUGCGUCAUCGUGGACACAGACGGCUUCAAGUUUGUGGUGGACCCACAUGAGGAGGCCCAGGGCCCAGAAAUGCUGACUCCUGUCUCUGUAACCCGGGAGAUUUUGGAACGAUUCCGAGAAACGUUCACUUCGAGAUGGGUGGGACAUCUGGGAAGAAGUCACUUUCCCAGCCAGGCACAGUGGGAACAGGCCUUGGCCAGCUGCAGCGGCUUCUUCUUCUACGGGGCAAAGAACCUCCUGUCCCAUCUGCUGGUGGACAGACUGGUGGCCAUGAACCUGCAGGAGUGCCACAUGAUGAUCCUGUUGGACCUGACAUGGCCCUAUGAGAGCACACGGCGGCAUAGGGAUGGCUCAGAGGACAAGAGCACAUCCCAGCUGUCUUUGGAGGUGCCCGUUGAGACUGCCAUCCUCCUGAGCCUGGCGGGAGUGCAGAGCAUCGCAGCAAACCAGUGGCCAGCACCGCUACAAGACAACGCCCUGCGGGCCAGCGUUCUGUGGGAGAAUCUGUUAGCCUUGGGCAAGCCGAUUGGGGCUGUGGUCCGUCUUCUCCAGAAGAUGGGAGGCAAUGGAGUAGUUAGCCAAGACACGGUGCCUCAGACCUCGAGGGGCAAGGUGCCACUCAUGCAGCUGCCUCUGCCAAGCCCGGAGCGGCUCCCCACCACCCUCAACUUGGUCCUCUAUGGGCUGCCACACCAAGCCAUUGGGUAGCGUGGGGCCCAGUGCCACCUAAUGGCCCUGUCAUCUCCACACUUCCCUCUGCCUGUGGCUCUGCCUUAAGAAACCCGCGGCCCACCCAAGUCUGCCUGCUUCCUGGGGGACAGCCAGGCAGCUGGGCCCACCCCAGAGCUCCUCCCUGCCUUGUGUGCAUUCUGUGGUCAUCAUGUAGAAGCCAUGGCCGUUCCUGGGGCAAGAAUAACCUCCCCUCUCGUGAGGCUGCCAGUGCCUUUCCCCAUGACCCCUCCCCCAGUGGAAAGCCCCUCCCUGCACUCUGCCCACAGCAUGUGUUCUGCUCCUCAGAAUAGUGAAACUGUUAGGACCCUGAAUUUAUUUUUGACUUGAGUGUGUUAGUAAACAAUAAAAUGUGUCUUCAAGGUGUG